AUGAGCUCGACAGACGUCCGUGACAUGCUCAACCUGCCAGAUGGCAUGGCUGGUCCGCGUCCGGCUAAGAAGCAGAAAGUCUCGGGCGCGCGACACAACAACCUCAAGGGUCUGGCACGCGAAGUACACAACCUCGGCGGCGACAACCCCAUCGCUAUCGUCCCAGAGGUCACGCAGUUCAAAAAGAGGCGCAUGGCUAACCGGAAGCCCGCUUCACGAUGGGAACUGCGGGCUUUUCGCAACUCAGCCCGGGACGAUGCGAGCCUGAUCCUGCGCCACUGGCGGCGCAAGGACACGAAGCAACAACCUGACGCGACAACAACAACGACAGCGACAACGGCGACGGACGAACAGGGCAAGGUGGCGGUUGCGGCGCCGGCGGACGAGGUGGAGGACUCAGCAUUUGCCAAAUACAAUGUGCGCGUGUCAGUGCCCGAGUACAGCGAUGACCAAUACCUACAAACCCUACAAAACGAAGACUGGACGCGGGAGGAGACUGACUACUUGAUUGAGCUGGCCCGCGACUUUGACUUGCGGUGGCCGCUCAUCUGGGAUCGAUACGAGUGGAACCCGCCGGCUGUGAAUAACGAGGCAAACGCGGACGGUGACGAGAGUAAGGCGGUGGUACCGACCGCCCGCGCCCGCGCGCUUGAGGACCUCAAGGCGAGAUACUACGAAGUGGCGGCCAAGAUGAUGGCAAUCAACAAGCCGGUGCAGUACAUGACGCAACUCGAGUUUGCCCUGCACGAGCUCAUGACGCACUACAACCCCCAGCAAGAAAAGAUUCGCAAGGAGUUUGCAGUCAACACACUCUCGCGCUCGCGCGAAGAGGCCCGUGAGGAAGAAUCUCUUCUGAUGGAAAUUAAACGCAUCCUAGCGCGCAGCGAAAAGUUCAACGAGGAACGCAGGGAGCUCUACAACAGACUCGACUACCCGCACGCCGAGACGGACAUUAGCACGUUCAGGUCGUCCGCUGGCCUGCAGACGCUGCUGCAGAACCUCAUGAAUGUGGACAAGUCCAAGAAGCGCAAGUCGAUCAUGGGCGCCGAGGGCGUCAGCCCGGCACAGGGCACCCCCCAGGCUGUCGCGGCCGCUGCCGCGCAGGAAUCGUCAGCCUCCAAGAAGGACGCCGUUCCUUCUUUCGCCGGCGCCGCCGCGGCAAACAUCCGUGAGUCGUCUGGGCCCGUAUCGACGCCGACGGCCGCGGGCAAGAAGACGCCGCAGCAGGCGCACGAGCGUCGGAAACUGUCAGAGCAGGAGGAGACCAUUUACGGCGUGUCCCGCCACGACCGGCUCGGCUCUGGCCCCACGUUUCGCACAGAAAAGAUCAACAAGCUCUUCUCGCACAAGUCCAACCAGCAGCAGAUGCGCAUCAACAACACGCUCAACGAGCUCGACGUGCCCAGCAAGCUGGCCAUGCCCACGACGGGCACGACGCUGCAGUUUGAGGCGCUGCUGGCCGCCGUCAACGGCCUCCUCGACGCCCGCAAGGUCUCGGACAAGCUCGACGCCGAGAUCAAGAUUGAGGAGGCCAAAAAGGCCGAGCGUGAAAAGGCGCUGGCCGGGCCCGGCGGCGAGCCUACCACUGCGGAGGCCGCCGAAGGAGACGCGGCGGACAAGAUGGAGGAGGGCAAGGCAGAGGGCGAUGCUCCUGUGGGGCCGUCUACUAAGGAACAACAGGCUGCACAUACGAUAGAGGAUCCGGACACGGACGACGCCGCUGCAGAGGCCGCCAAGGCGGGUGACGCGGCCGAGGCCGAGGACAAGCCGGGGGAGAUGCCGACCGACAAGGAAAAGACGGCACGGCUAGGCAGCACAGGGCCCGCGUCGCACAAGCGAAGCGCCAGCGUGCUCAGCACGACGAGCGACAAGAGCGCCAAGCGGCAGAAGAAUUUCUAUUCUCGGGGGUAUCGAGGUGAUUGGGCACGACGAAAGGGGCGGGAAGACGCGGCGCGUACAAAUUACUGA